AUGUCUACCUCCGCAGAGCACCCGGGAUGGCGGUCUUCCAGAAAAUUGGUCACCGCCACCGCUUGCGUUGCCUUGUUUACUGAAACUCUUCUAUCCGGGUUCCCCGUACCGAUGCUUCCUUAUAUGCUAGAAGAGCGCCUUCGCAACGACCCAUCCCGAACAAUUGAUACCACCAACAGCCUCCUGAGUCUACACGGUUUCGUGACAAUGAUCUGCUCCCCUGUUUUCGCGAGGUUCUUCGAUAAAACCUCCAAUCAAAAAGGCCCGCUUUUUCUGUCGCUUGGGCUUUGUCUUGCAGGGACUGUGCUGGUCGCGUACACUCCCACAUGUAUUUGUCACCCCGGCCACGCUCCUUUGUGCUCUACGAAUGCUGACAUAUGGGCACUAUACCUGGGCAGGGUCCUGCAGGCAGUUGCCGGCUCGGCAGCAUGGCUUGUCUGUACAGCUAUGAUAACCGAGACUGCAGGUGAUGGUAGGAUUGGGAGAGUGAUGGGGCUGAGUACGUCUUUUAUAAUGAUCGGAACAGUGAGUGGGCCAAUGCUCGGGGGUGUUUUGCUAGGCUUGGUUGGAUACUGGGCGGCUUGGUCUGUGCCAAUGGGCCUGCUGUUUCUUGACAUGAUUGCGCGGUUGGUUAUGAUCCAGCCAGAGCGCCAUUCACUGGACUCGCACGCUUCGUCUGAUAAGGCCAAGCACAGCAAAUCAUGCCAUGUCACCCCAAGCGACUCAUCCCAUGAUGUGGAAGGAGUUGACACUGAAACAUCGCCCCUUCUGUCAUCAUCAGCUUCGACAACAGUUUCGACAAUAGGGGUCGGUUCAGAUUCAGACACGGAAGUAGGAAUCGAUACCGCUUCGGUUGCGGAAAAUCGCAAUUUCUACGCAGUAGUUCUUCGAGACAUUGGUAUAUGGACAAGCAUUCUGAACACGAUUGUCCAAGCUGCGGUUCGAGCAGGCUUCAACGCAACUUUACCCGUUUAUCUCCGGGACACCUUCAAUUGGGGCCCGUCAUCUGUCGGAGCAACUUUUUUUGCUCUCCAAGUCCCUAUAGUCUUUCUCUCCCCUGUUCUUGGCUGGGUCCGAGAUCGCGUUGGUGUCCGAUACCCAACAACGAUCGGUUGGGUUCUUCUUUGCCCCUUACUAUGCUGCUUGGGUAUUCCCGGGAGCGGAAUAUUUUGGGCCAGUGACAGCCAGAGAAUUGAAGAAGCCGCCUUUAUUGCAUGCAUAUGUGGCAUUGGAUUAGUUAUGCCCUUCACUCAAGGUGCCGGAGCUUUGAACAUGCGGAACGUCGUAAGGACGCUGGAAAAAGAAACCCCCAAUAUCUUUGGCCCUAACGGUGGGCGCGCGAGGUGCUUUGCGCUGAUUUCAGUGUCGUUUAAUACUGGCCUGACGCUGGGCCCAGCUAUCAUUGGUUGGCUGUUUGGCAACAUUGGGUAUUGUUACAUGAAUAUUCUUCUCGGUAGGUGA